AUGGUACUUUUUUUUCUCAUGAGCAUCAAGUGGUCUCCUUUUCUGUUAUGGUCGCACCUUGUUGUGUUGUGCGCAUUCAAGAAAGGUUCUACUCAUCCACAAGUAGCCAUUCCUGAAUCUGUUGAACACUUCCAUGAGGAUCUGGGUUCUGUUUCAAAUAAAUCAAGCUUUGGGGCUAUUGUCUAUGCACUUGAUGAAUUCCCAGAUGCAAAACCAGAAACUUUGAAGAAAACACAGUUGAUAUUGCAGCAAUUUAAAUAUCAAAUAGAUAAAGGAGUUCCUAUUAUAGGAGCUGGUGCUGGGACUGGAAUAUCUGCCAAGUGUGAAGAGGCUGGAGGAGUUGAUUUAAUAGUAUUGUACAACUCAGGGCGCUUCCGAAUGGCUGGGAGAGGUUCAUUAGCAGGGUUAUUACCAUUUGCCGAUGCUAAUGCUGUUGUGCUUGACAUGGCCAAUGAAGUUCUGCCAGUGGUAAAGAAGCUACCAGUUCUUGCUGGUGUAUGUGCAACUGAUCCCUUCCGACGAAUGGAUCACUUCCUUAAACAGGUGGAGUCUAUUGGAUUCUCUGGGGUACAAAACUUUCCAACUGUUGGGUUGUUUGAUGGUAAUUUUAGGCAAAAUCUUGAAGAAACUGGCAUGGGAUACAACUUGGAAGUUGAGACGAUCCAAAAAGCUCAUAAAUUGGGGCUCUUGACAACUCCAUAUGCAUUCAAUCAACGUGAAGCCAUUGAAAUGGCUAAAGUUGGCGCUGAUAUUAUUGUUGCCCAUAUGGGUCUAACCACAACAGGCUCCAUAGGUGCAAAAAAUGCUGUUUCCCUUGAUGAAAGUGUAGUUCUUGUACAGGCUAUUGCAGAUGCUGCACAUAGGAUCAAUCCUAAUACUAUUGUGCUAUGCCAUGGGGGCCCAAUUUCUGGUCCAGAAGAGGCAGAAUUUAUAUUGAAGAGAACCAAAGGAGUCCAUGGUUUUUAUGGGGUUUCAAGCGUGGAAAGACUACCAAUGGAACAGGCUAUCACAAAUACAGUCAAACAAUACAAGUCAAUCUCUAUCCAUUGAGGUUCAAUAUGCAUG